CAGCUGGUCUACCACGCGACGAAAUAGCUGAAGUGCUACUUGGCCCUACACACGUGCUGGGCGAAGUCUCCUCUACUUCUUUGCGUGGAAUACUAUGCCGCAACAACACAUCAAUAGAACCUGCGUAUCGCUUGGGAGCGGCGGGCGCAUACAACCACCAUGUCCGACACGAUUGAGCUCCUCCGCAAAGAAUACCCACGCCGCGCCUUCGCCUUGAAAACGUCGACACACGUCCUGACUCUAGAACACACACCUGAAAAGGCCGAGUACGGGUCGCGGAACGACCCAGCUGUACCGCGAUGUGCAGUCGAGUUUACAAACCUAGAAACGGCGCAGCUGGAAGAGUACAGGAGCUUGAGGACGGAGGUGCUAAACUAUAGAGUACACGGGACUCUUGGACUCAUUAACCUGAACAAUGACAUAUUUUUAUGCGUCGUUAGCUCAGUGAGCCCACGACCGAUCAUAAUCAGGCCUGGUGAAUCGGUGCGGCGAAUCGAGUCGGUGGACUUCCACUGUCUGAGCAGCACGGCAUACGAUCGUCUGUUGAACGAGCAAAUCAAUCCGUACUCGACUGACUAUGUUGACGACGAGGGGUUUGAUGGACACGGCAACGAGUUUGCCGAGCAUCCUUGCAUGGCUCUGAAGAAGCUGCUGAGCAGCGGUACAUUCUAUUACAGCUCGGACUUUGAUCUCACGCGCAGGUUGCAAAAGAGAAUCACGGACGAGGAACCGUCAAUCGCCUAUGAGAGCCUCGAUGCGGGAUUCCUGUGGAACUCGUUCAUGAUCCAGCCGCUGAUUGACUUUCGCUCCAGGUUGUCCCACCAGACUAGGGACGAAUUGGACGCCACACGCAUUCUGACUUCAGUCAUUCGGGGCUUCUGCAGUGAAAUAAUCAUUCCGGCUCCUUCUGCACCCCUUCAAAGAAGUUUUACCGGCGAGCCAACGAGGCUCACCAUCAUCUCGAGACUGUCUUGUAGACGGGCUGGAACCAGGUUCAAUGCUCGCGGUAUAGACGACGAAGGCAACGUUGCAAAUUACGUAGAAACUGAGUUGAAUCUGUGGAGCCCGGUUGGAGAAGAAAAAGGCGAGGUGUUCUCGUACGUUCAAGUAAGAGGCAGUCUCCCGAUCUUCUGGGAGCAGCAGAGCUCCCUGAAUCCGUUGCAGCAGCCUAAAAUAACCAUUACACGAUCCCCGGAGGCCACGCAACCGGCCUUCGACAAACACUUCCAGAAUUUAGACCACUCUUACGGUGCAGUGCACGUUAUGAAUCUCUUAAGUGGUGAUCGAAAGAAGCCUGGUGAAAUCGAGCUCACUCAACGCUUCGAGGAUCACAUCAGAAAGAGCGAGCUCAACAAUGAGAAGGAUGGGGAGCACCAGCUGCUUUCAUACACGCAUUAUGACUUCCACGCAGAGACGAAAGGUCCACAGGGUCUUGCUGGUGCAACUAGCAUUGUCGAUUACAUUGGCCCAGCAGCUCGGUCCUUUGGCUAUCUGUACGCUGAAGAUCGUGCCGAGCACGUAAAAAUACCCCCAAGCAUGGUUUACUCGACCAUCCGCCGAGCGACGCCUAUCCUCCAGCAGGACGGUGUAUUCAGAACCAAUUGUCUGGACUGCUUGGACAGAACGAACUAUGUGCAGACCCUGAUCAGUCAGCUGGUUUGCGAGUUCUACCUCGAGGACCGUGGUGUAGGAAGGGCGCCGCCCGAUUUUUGGGCUCGUCAUUCAACGCUGUGGGCAGACAACGGCGACGCAUUAUCCCGGAUGUACGCUGGAACCGGUGCACUGAACACUUCUGCAACUAGACACGGCAAACUGACAAUCGGUGGCAUCCUCUCUGACGCACGGAAAAGUGCCUCGCGCCUUUACAUCAACAAUUUCGCCGACAAGGGACGCCAAAACACGAUUGAUAUGCUCCUCGGCAGACUGCUACCCCAGCAGAUUGUGCAUCUCUAUGAUCCUAUCAAUGAUUGGGUGCAGAUGGAGCUCCGGCGCCAUGCUGCCGAAUACACGUCGACCAAGACCAUCAAUGUAUAUGUGGGCACACUGAAUCUCAAUGGCAAGCUCACGGGACUCAAAUCGGAUCUUUCUCCUUGGCUUUGCCCGCCUCUUGGACCUUCUCAGAAACUACCUGAGAUUGCCGCUAUCGCAUUCCAAGAGAUCGUGGAGCUCAACCCGCAGCAACUCAUGAAAGAAGACCCCCAUACCAGAUUGCAGUGGGAGCAAGCGGUUCUGCAAACGCUCAACAGAAACGCGACUUCUGCGGGUAGCUCCGAAUAUGUGCUUCUUCGAAGCGGACAGCUUGUGGGAGCAGCCUUGCUCAUAUUCGUGCAGAGGAGCAAGCUGAAGAGGAUUAAAAACGUUGAGGGGGCAACCAAGAAAACAGGACUGUCUGGCAUGGCGGGUAACAAAGGUGCUGUGGCGAUUCGUAUGGAUUACGCAAAUACGUCUUUAUGCUUCGUGACGGCGCAUCUGGCCGCUGGCUUCUCGAACUACGAAGACCGCAACCGUGACUACAGGACUAUAUCCCAAGGCCUUCGCUUCCAGCGAAAUCGCAAGAUUGACGACCAUGACUCAGUGUUCUGGUUUGGUGACUUUAACUAUCGCAUUGGCCUGAGCAACGACAAGGUCCGUUACUUGAUCGACCGUGGUGACCUUGAUACUCUGCUUGAAAACGACCAGCUGUACAUUCAGCGGACGAGGAGCAGCGUGUCCAAUGUGUUCGACCACUACGACGAAGCUAAGAUCACGUUCCUGCCAACGUACAAGUUUGACAUUGGAACAGACACAUACGACACGUCCGAGAAAGGCCGUAUACCUGCUUGGACGGAUCGUGUGCUUAGAAAGGGGAACAACAUUCGACAGAUUCAAUACAACUCGGCACCGCUACGCUUCUCCGACCAUCGACCAGUUUAUGCAACCUUCGAGGUCGAUGUCACCCUCGUAGACGAAAAAGUUCGUGACGAACUAAACGCCGCGCUCUAUAAGAAACGCAAACAGGCUUUGGGCGAUGGCACAGCAAGUACCGUUACAGAUCAAGAUGAAGAUGACCUCCUUGGGUUCGAGCCGGUACAGUCCGGUUGGCCUCCAGCCAGCUCAGAUCGACAAAAGUGGUGGCUUGACAAUGGUCUUCCGGCGCAUUCGACGCUCAAGCCGCCAGGCAGAGGCUAUGUGCCAAAUCCGUCGCGACCGGCAAACCCAUUUGUUCCAAGUGAUGAACCAGACUGGGUGAAGGUCGACAGCGUGGCUUCAUCUUCGAACAUCACAAGGUCCUCUUCCGUCGCUUCCGGAACGGCGCCUCGCAAGCUGCCUCCACCUUUCGAGGGCAAUGGAAGCCCUCAGCUACCCCCUCGUCGCAACACGCUUAACGAAGACGCACCGCCCAGUCGUCCGUCUGUUUCUCCCUCGCCUUCCAUGCUCUCGUUGGUGUCAAGUGGGUCUGGCACGACAUCACGCAAAGCCCCUCCAGCAGUUAAGCCAAAGAAACCAAGCCUUUUGGGCACGCCGGUGUCGCCGUCGUCCGUAGACGGCGAAUCUGAACGCAGAUGCUCGGUUGCAAGCAAGGCGGCCUCCCCACCCGCGGUUCCGCCUCCCAGGAGAUCCAUGGUAAUGAGAGGUGGACCUCCGACAGCUUCAAACGAAGACGACACGGCUCCACCACCGUUGCCCAGCCGAACUGGGACAGCUUUGGCUGAGAGGAGUCAGACAGGACUUAUGGACGAGACUGACGAAGGUGCCAUGAAUGGUUUGAGCAACUGGGAAGUGUUGCGUCCCGGGUGAAAACUUCCGUCCUGAUGGGGACUGCACAACAACUCCGCCCACCCUUGCUUCUGUAAACAAAGACGAACGUCAAGGUGACUAGUAGACGCCCAGGAAGAAAUUGGACAAGGUACACGGUUAGUAGAUCGUACGAUGAAUUGACAGACAAACCACCCUGCACCUCUUC